AAUCUAUGUGCAAUCAUUUAUUUGAUCUUAAUCUUAUUCAAGGGUGUGAAUCUAUGUGCAAGUGUUUCAAUCAAUGUGAUGUCAUUUAUUUGAUACCAUAUUAGACAUUUUGUCAGAUGUCAGUUAAUACAUGAACACUCGGCCUGAAAAUAUUGUAGAAACUUAAAUAAUCUAUUUUAUUUAUUGUUUUUUGAAGGAAGUUUUACUACAUUAAGAGAGCUGUUAGAAGAAAUAAAGAUGGGUGGAAAGAUAUUAACCAGCAUUUUACUUCUUGUAUUAGGUGUAAUGGUGAAACAGGACUAUGGAAGUUUCGUUGUUAGUAAAGAAAAUUGCCGAUGUUAUGACAAAUGCGAAAGUUGCUGUUAUUUUGACUUUGAAUCCUUAAAACAACUUAUCGUUGAUGAAGCCUGUUCUAUAUCUUCAUCUGGACUUAUAAAAUCACCAAUAUUCAACAAAGGCAGCAGAUUGGAAUAUCUUAAUAUGUCCAACAAUAAUCUGGAAUGUCUACCGAAAAGCAUUCAGAAAUUAAGGAGCACCAACAUCGAUAUUUCAAACAACAGUUUGGUUUGUAAUUGUUCCAACUUAUGGUUAGGUGAAUGGUUUAGGUCCAAACCAAAUAUAAAAUAUAGAUCUUUGCUGACUUGUUCUGUAUCAGGCAACCAGGAUAAAAUCAAAAUUCAAGAUUUUCAGAAAGGAGAACAUGAUUGUGAAGUCAUAAACUCAACACUGAUCAGCAUAGUGCUUGGAAUAUUUGGUAUUUUAUUAAUUGUCUCAAUCAUCUGUUUUAUCUACUUUCGAUAUGAACUUCUCACAUUGUAUUAUAUUUACAUCAAAUCGAGACUUAGAAGAACUAGAACAAUCAAAAAUGAAAGUGAAACAUAUGACAUAUGUGUGCUCUUGAAUGAAACCAAUGAUUCGGACAGGCUAUGGGUUAGAAAUCAUCUGAUUCGUUAUUUCGAAGAGAACACAAUGAAAUCUUAUAUUCCAUAUCGCGAUGGUGUUAUUGGAGAAGUAACAUCAGAUGCUAUUAUUACAAACAUGAACAAUAGUUCAACAGUUCUGGCUGUUGUUUCGUCAUCAUUUUUUGCUAAUCCUUUGAACAUAUUUAAUUUGGAGGCUGCAUAUCAUCAAAAGAUACGGAACGGGAACGGAAAGCUGAUACUUAUCAAACUAGGACAGGAUUGUUUACCUUAUGGGAGUAAUGGUUAUAUUCGAGCUAUGUUCAGAUUAAAACGUUUCAUCCAUGCUGACAACCAGAAACUGAUGUCAAAACUGACAUCUCAGAUACAGUUGCAGCCAAAAUACAAAUCAAGAACAGUUUCUGUGACAUCUGAAGACAUAUUGUGGUUUUAAACAAAUGGUGGACAUCACUAACAGACUGACAUUGGAUAACUUUGUUAAUCUUUUUAAGUUUUUAUUAUUAUUAUUACUAAUAAUAUUAGAUCGUUGUAAUAGGCCUUAUUAUAUGUAUAAGCAAGCUUUAAUUAUAUUCUCCUACAAUUUUGUUUUCAUGGUAUUAAUUUGUAUCUCUGUAUAUAAUUCUAUAAUUUUUUAAUUUUUUCUUAUACCCUAAUAAACAAUCAUACUAAGUUUUAAAAAAAUUUCAUUAAUAACCCUGUCCUUAUUAUUUGCAUUCACAACUAUCAAAGGUGGAUAAGGGGAUAACUCCAAUGAACAAUUUCUGAAAACUUUGCACCACAGACAGGCCAACACAGGUUAGUUUAAGGUAUCCAGGUUAGUGAGUAAGCACCAAACUUACUAAACCACUGUGGUUCCAAAUUCAACAAUAAGGAGAACAUUUAUUUUGUUUGAACAUGAUAAAAUGAUCUGGAUUAUGAAUGGAAAUGAUUUACUUUGAAGACACAAUCUGAUUAAAAUACAGAUCUAUAUUGCGUUUCGUUUUUUAAAAUAUAAUCGAUGGCCUGCAUUACAUGAAGAUCUGACUGGUUGUAGUGGAAGGUUGUGUCAGGGGUCAUACGCGCGGCUUUUGAACUAUGACGUAAGAAAUUUGAUUAAUCAAUCAGCGUUGAUGUUUCUAGUGGUAUACCUACAGUUCCGUGCACUGCUUGCCAAGAACUUGCCGUAACAGACCGUUACAUUUGCUAAUUUCUCACAUCAACCAGCACGCAGGUUAUAUAACAACUCUUCCAGAUCCUAGUGUAGUCAAGACAAGUAAAACGAAAUUUUGAACUAUAAAAGGAAACGAAAUAGGAUCUGUGUUUUAAUCAGAUUGUUUGAAGACAAAAUCAGGACAUUAAUUAUUUACUUUAUACUCCAAACAUUGCUGCCAAGCAUCAAAUUUUCCUAUACAUUUAUGGAGAGUAGUUAGUUUUACCAUAAAAGACAUGUUCAGAUAUUUUGUUUUUCUCACCAAUCUGCCAUUUUGUAUCUAACAAUAUAGUUAUGAUAAACAGGCAAACUUUUAUUGAUUGUUUUGUUACCUGCAACUAAAAGUUUGUGGCUCUUUAGAUUAAUUUUAAAAAUAUAAAGCGAUAUAACUCAGUAUUUUGGUA